AUGUUUUAUAGUAACGAAAGAGCUGAGAAAUUGGUGGAGUGGUUUCGAUAAUUCAUUCAAAAUUUCUAUUCUUAGAAUGCACAAAUGAUCACGAUGGAAAUGAACAAAGGCAUUUUGACUCUUUUGAGUGUACCUCAAGAACAGAAUGUAUUUUGUUCCCAAGAGUAUACAGUAUUUUCAUUUCAACAUUAAAGGUAGUAAAUUUCAUACCAAAAACAUUCUUACGUUGUUUUAUGAGAAUCAGUAAUGUAUUCCUACUUACGAUUUCAUUGAUAAUGAUCAUAAAUCCUAGUCUUUCUCCAUACAAUAAUUGGAUUAUAAUAGUACAAAUUGCAGCUGGAAUGAUUGUGUUUAUUUGUAAUGAAGCCUUAUGUGAUUGGUAAAGAAGAAACUCUGACAAAUUAGUGAAUUAAUAAUCUACAAAAAGAGGAGGAAGGAAUGGUGUGAUAGAGGAGAUCAAAUGGUAAGACAUUAAUAUAGGAGAUGUACUAAUCCUAAAUAAAGGGGAUAUAGUGCCAGCUGAUAUUAUAGUAUUGGACACUGGAUAGGUUAGAGAUAGAGAAGCUGUUUGUAUGGUAGAUUCAUCUUAUUGUGAUGGAAAGAGUACAUUUACAAAAAAGAAGAGUUGUUAUUUGACUUAAUGUAUUUAAGUAUCAUUAUAUGAUAAGUAAUCGUAUUAAGAACUAGACAGAAAUCAUAAUUUGCUGAAUAUAGAAAAUUAUUAACUGGUCGAUUAGAAUAUGAAGUACCUAAUAGACAUGCAAACAUUUUUAGAGGUAGAUUAAAAUUAAAGAAGGACCCUAAAGUUGAAUUCUUGUCUAUAGAGAAUCUCAUACUUUAAGGAUCAACUAUAAAAUAAACAUCAUGGUUAUUUGGAUUGGUUGUUUAUGUUGGUUCUAAAACAAAGAAUUCUAUGAGUUCUAAAAAGAAUAAAGCAAAAUGUUCACAUGAAGAAAAUCUUAUUGAUUUCAUUUCAUUGUUUAUGAUAACAUUAAUUCUAUUUUUCUGUUUAGUAUAUUGAUUUCAUUUAUAAUUUUAGAUAUCAAUAAUAGUAUUGUUAGCUAGAUCAGAUGACUUAACUUUUGUUCUAAGAAUUGAUAAGAAUACAUAGAAUGGUAUGAAGAUAUUCAAUCUUCUCAUCCUUUAUAGUUAAUUCAUACCUGCAAAUAUAUUUAUGAUUUUAGAUUUAAUCAAUAUUGUAAACAAAUUCAGAUUUAAAUUACAAAGACCUUAAACAUUUUCUGAAUUAGGUUCUUUAGAUUAUAUGUUAUUGGAUAAAACUGGAACAGUUACUACAUCAUAUUAUAAAUUAGAUAAUUUUUAAUUUGGAUCACAAACAUUUAAUUUAAAUCAUGAUUAACUCUUUAAUCAAUUAACAAAAAAUAAAAGAAUUGAUGAAGAAGAAGAUGUUGUCAAAUUUGCAUCCAUAUUUGAUUAAGAAUACUAUAUACCAAUGGAAUAUGAUACAGUUAAUCGUAAAACUAGUUAAGUUAUUGAUUUAAUGCCUAAUAUCAAUAAAAAAGUAUUGAAAUCAGUUACAACUGAUAAUAAUCAAUAAAUAUUUAAUUAAGUACUUGAAUAAUAAUAUUAAUUACAACCUAAUAGUGUAAGAAGUUAGGAUUUUCAUGAUAUGAUUAGUUUAAGAAAAUCUAUGUUAUUUUAACAUAAAAAGAGAAAUUUAUUACAUCAACAUUAAAAUUUGAUGAAUAAUAAUAAUGAUGAGUUUCUGUAAAUGAUAAAUCAAUAUAAACAUAAAUCUCCAUAAUUAGAAUAUUCUGAAUUACAAAAUGAAAAUGCACUUUAUUAUGAUUGUUUUAUGAAAUGUCUAAUCUUAUGUCAUGAAGCUAGACCAGUAUAUUUGAAUGAUGUUUAAUAUGAAUCAUUCUCUAAAAAUGAAGAAAUUGCAUUAGGAUUUGCUAGAUUAUGUGGUUAUCAAUUAGAAUCCUUUAAUAAAUUUGAUAGUCCUGAUGCUUAUUUAUGUAAAAUAAGAAAUUAAAAGAUAUAAUAUGAUAUUUUGGGAUUAAAUUAAUAUACAGAAAAUAGAAAUGUUAAUUCAAUUGUUGUUUAAUCUUAAAAGAGUGGAGAUAUAGGAGAUUGGGAUUCCUGUGCAAUAUCACAUCUUAGUGGUGAAGGUUCUAAAAAUAAAUCAUUACUCAUAUGCAAGGGUGAUUAUGAUGCCAUCAAAACUAAAUUAUAAUUGACACCAAAAGAAAAAGAAGAAUUAGAAUAACAUAUAUAAAUUUUAAAAAUGAGAGGAGUUAGAAUGAUUCUAUAUGGAACUAGAGUAUUAAAUGAAAAAGAAACAGAAGAAUAUAAGAAAUAAUUUAAUUUAUUAAAAAACUCACUUACUAACCAAGAUGAUUAAUUAGAAUAAUUAGCUAUACAAUAUGAAUAACAAUUAUCUAUUAUUGGUAUGAUUGGAUUUAAAGAAGAAUUAAAAUAAGAUGCACAUGAAUUUAUAUAAGCUACAAAAAGCUAAAAUAUACAUAUAUGGUUAUUAAGUGGUGAUUAAGAAGCAUAAACUAUUAGUUGUGCAUAAGCAUUAUAAAUAAAUGAAUCAAUUUAUAAUAAAUAUCUUCAAAUAUCAUAAACAGAAAAUGAAAAAAUAUGGUUUUAAUUAAAUACAUGUAUUGGAAUUAUAUAAUCAGAAAUGGUUAAAUAAUAAUUAUGUAAUGAAGAUUUUAAUACAUUAAUUAAUUCUAGUAAUACUAUUUAUGAUGGAAUUAAUUAUUAAAAGAUGCUCAAAUUUACACUUUUAGUGAAUGGAAAUGCUCUAAGUGUAAUUUAGGGUGAUAAUGAUUUAAUGAGUCAUUUUAGAUUCUUAGCAGGAAUAUGUAAAAAUGUUAUUGGAUAUAAUAUGAAUCCAUAACAUAAAGAGAUGAUGUGUAAAAUUAUUAGAAAUUCUCUUAAUAAACAUGUUAUUGCUGUUGGAGAUGGAUUCAAUGAUCAAUUAAUGAUGCAAUAUUCUAACAUAUCUAUUGAAGUUAUUAAUAAUAAAUGUAAACAAUCAAUUAUUAAUACUGGUGAUAUAAAGGUCUAAUAUUUAGGUGAAAUUAAAGAAUUACUAUUAUAAGGUAAAAUUUAUUAAGAGAAAUUGCAUCAUUUAGUAUUGUAUUGUUUUUAUGCUGCAGGAUUAUUAGGGAUGUCAUUAUUUUUUUUUAAUUGGUUUUGCUAUUUCACAUCAACAAGUCUUCAUUAAAGUCUAAUUAUAUUUUUUUAUGUAUAAAUAUUCAUAGGAAUAAAUGCCCUUUUGAUUGGAUUAUUUUCAAAAUAAACUUCUUAUUAUAUUAAUUAACUAUACCCUUCACUCUAUAUUGAUGGUCAGAUAAGAGUAAAAAUUAUUUGGAAGUUAUUUUUGUUAAACAUGAUAGAAUCCUUUCUAACUGCAGCUUCUAUAUUUUAUAUGAUCACUUACUAAUUCAAUUAUGCAAUAAAUGAUUAAGGAUAAAUUAUAGAUUUAUAAAUGAAUUCAUUAGGAAUUAUAUAUUGUUUUAUAAUUGUUAUAAUAUUUAGAGUAUUUUAGGGUUUGAAUACUUUUGGGAAAUUGAUGUAACUAAAAUUAAUAAUUAUUUUAAUUUUAAUAAUCAUUUUUUCAGAUGAAUAUUAAAAUGAAACAUAUCAGAUAUUUACUCGCUAUUAGUGCAUAAUCUCAAUAAUUAUCUCAUUAUUUUUAUCAUUUACUAUUAAAUACAUUUUUUAGGAUUGUAUUCGAUUGAGAAUUUUUCCAAGUGUAUAUGAAUAAUUAUCAUUCAGAUAUGAAUAGGAUAGUGAAUCAAUUAACAGUUAGUAAAUUAUCAAUCAACAUUUAGAUUAAUAAAUGUAUAUAAACUUAUUAUGAUAUAAUAGAAACAUUUCGCAUAUUAUAUCUUAAGUAUUCAAAGAUUGUAAAGUCUUAUCACCCUAUAUUUAAGAAAUAUUAAAUCCUGGUGACACAAAAAUCACUGAAAUGAGACUAUCUAAAUUGACACUUAAAAUAAAUGACCUAAUUGUGGAAUAGAAGUUUCUUUCUAUCAAAUUGCAAGAAUCACUUAAUAAUUAUAGAUUAUUUUUAAUCUUAUUGUUGAUCUACUUUGGAAUUUAUUGUUUCAUUGAUUAUUUUAUUAGUCUUUAACGACUCCAAACUGGUGUACAAUAUUUAUCCAUGUUUUGUAUAUUUGUCAUCAUUAUCACAUACAUAAUGAGCAAGCAUUUUCAAUAGAAUUAUUAUACUCAUUCACAUAUGAUCUUUAUAGUGUUUUAUAUCAUAAAGAUUGCCUUAGAUUGGCUAAGUGAUGAUUUAAGUUUCAUUAUGUCAUCUGUAUUGGUUGUUUUAUUUACAACCAAUAACACAAUGAACAUUAACAUUAUACCUAUUUUUGUGUAUAAUAUCAUUUAUCUCAUUCAAUUAAUUGUAAGAAUUGUUGUGGUUUUAAUUGCUGACUCAUCCUUACCUACUCUAGGCUAUUAUAAUCAUACUAGAGUUGUUAUUUAUGGAUCUAGUACAUCUAUUAUUUUGAUGUUAAGUUUAACCUUCAGUUUACUCUACACAUUAUAUAAGACAAUAUAACAUAGAAGAACAGAUUUCUUAGCCAAAUAUUAAAUUGAAUAAGACAAUUUGGCUGCUAAUGACAUACUAUCUAUUUUAGUACCCAAAUUUGUCCGUAAUCAAAUUUAACUUGGUAGUUUACAUAUGUAGGAAGCCUAAAAUGAUGUGUCUAUUCUAUUUUGUUAUAUUUGUGAUUUUGAUUCUAUAAUGAAAGAAGAAGGAAGAAAUGUUGUUUUAAUGCUAGACUCUUUAUUUAGAAUAUUUGAUAAUUUAUGUUUAUAACAUGGAGUUUAAAAAAUUGAAACUGUUGGUUAUACAUAUAUGGCAGCAACUGGUAUUAAGGCAUCUGAAAUUAAUAUCUCACCUCACAUGUUAAAAACUGAAAAAACAAUGAGACUUGUCAAUAUGGCAUUUGAUAUGAUGGAACAAAUUAAAGGAAGACAAUAUGGUAAAGGAAAUUAAAUUGAAAUGAAAAUUGGUAUACAUGUAGGGAGAGUUAUUGCAGGUCUUAUUGGACAUCAUAAACCUUAAUUUUCUUUGAUAGGUGAUCCAGUCAAUUAAACUAGUAGAGUUGGUUCUACUGGAGAUGUUGGUGCCAUUACACUAUCUGCUGAGGCAUUUAAAUAAGCCAAAUAGGGAAUCAAAUACUAUCAUAAAAAAUAAAAAGAAGCUAAAGGAUUAGGAUUGAUUGAUACAUAUUAAGUAUUUAAAAUUAAGCCAAAUAAUUACUAAAUACCAAUCAAUUAAUUAAGAUGGUAAUAAUUAGCAAAAUUAGUCAUAAAGUAAUAAAAAAUUAGUAGAAAUCUAGCAGGAGAAGUUUAAAAAGAAACCUUUUUAUAAAAAAUUUAAAAUUCAUUAAAUAAUUUACAUGAUAAUAGUUGGGGAAGUUAAAAAAUAUCUAAUUCACCAAAAACUUAAUUUGCAUAAUCCCUUAUGAAUGUUCCUUCUUUGCCUGAUCAACGUAGACAUAGUUAAUUAGAUACUAUACCAAUAUAGAGUUUAGCUAUUUUAGAUAGUGAAGAGACUUAAAUACAUGAUCAAUAACAUGUUUAAGAUGAUGAAAAUAAAUUUAAAGGAUUACUUAAGCCAAAUAUUUUCUUAAUGAUUCCAGAGAGUUAAAGUCUAAUUAAGAAUAGCUUUUACAAUAUACAUUAUGAACAACAAUAAUACGAAAGUUAUUUUGGUUUGUUGACACUUUGGAUUAUCUAUUUUGUUAUUACAUUGCUUAGCAUUAUUAUAAGACAAUUCUUUGGUUAAUCAUACGAUAUAUUUUUUAUAAGGGUAAAAAUAAAUUAUUAUAAUUAGUCCUUAUUUUUGCUUUGUUUAAUAAUUUUGCUACCAAUUAUUAAAUAAACCUAUAAAAAUAUCUACAUAAAUUGGAUAUUUUAUGUUGUUUUUUUAUAUGGAUCCUUUGCAAUUGUAUAUGGAACAUUUUUAGCUAAUAACUAAUUAGUUUCAACUAUAUCUAUGGUUGAAUUGAUAUAUUUAGUAGUUGUAGUUUGUUCUUUAAAGAUAUUCACAUUUGUUUAAAUCUUAAUGUUCAUGAUAUUGGUUUUUACUUCCUUUUUAGCUCUUUUUAUCGAUAAUAAUUAGAUAACCCAUUAAUACAUAUUCUUUCUGUUAUCCUCUAUAGUUUUAUGUUUAAUUGGUUAUUAUAAGGGAAUGUCAGAAUUAAUAGAAAUGUAUAAUAAUCUUUAGUUGAAUGAAUAAAGGAAAGCUAAAUAAAUAUCAUUAGUAAGUUAGCUAUUACCUACACAUUCGUAUUUGAAGAUGAAAAAUAACACACUUUAUAAUAGAUCAGAAUUUAUCGAUGAUUUAGAUGAUGUUACUUUAUUAUUUGCAGACAUAAAAGGAUUCACUGAAUAUUCUCACACUUAAACCCCAGAAGGAGUUGUUACAAUGUUAAGAAAUCUCUAUACUGAGUUUGAUAAAUUAUGUUUGUAAUAUAAUGUGUACAAGAUGUAUACAAUAGGUGAUUGUUAUGUUGUUAUGGGUUUUCAAUAAGCGAGUAAAAGAAAUGUAAUAUAAAUAUAUUAAAAAUUAGCCCAUUCAAGAAGCCAUUAAUACUGUUAAAAUGGGUUUUUCAAUGAUUGAUAUAAUAAUGGAGGUUAGAAAAUUAAUUGAUUUUCCACUUUUAAAUAUGAGAAUUGGUAUUCAUACAGGUUCCAUAAUUGGAGGAAUUAUAGGAACCGAUAUUGUUCGUUAUGAUAUAUAUGGAUAGGAUGUUAGUAUAGCUAAUAAAAUGGAGAGUUCUGGAAGUGAAGGACAUGUGUAAAUAUCAGAGACUACCAAAUUAAUGAUAGAGAGAGCUGAGAGAAAUCCUUUCGUAUUUCAAUUCAAAUAAAAUGUUGAAUUGGCUAAAUUUAAUACUUCCAUUAAUGGAUACUUAGUAGAGUGGGAAAGGAAAAAUAGAGAUAGAGGUGAAAGCCACUUUAGAGUUGAGCCUUAUAUAGCGAGAGAUUAAAAACACAGUUAAAAUAUAUGA